CUCGCACCUGAUUGGCUGCUCGGCCGGAAGUAAACAUCAUGUGACCUCCUGGAUCAGCUGAUCAGCUCCGUAGACAUCUUUACGAGUCACGACUGCAGCGGAGCUUUAAUUCAUACCUCCUCUUCUGUGAUUUACGGGCCACCGCGGAUCUUUAACAGCUGCUCCACCAUGGCGCUCAGCGAUGCCGACGUUCAGAAGCAGAUCAAGCACAUGAUGGCCUUCAUCGAACAGGAGGCCAAUGAGAAGGCAGAAGAGAUUGAUGCAAAGGCAGAAGAGGAGUUCAACAUCGAGAAGGGCCGUCUGGUCCAAACCCAGAGGCUGAAGAUAAUGGAGUACUACGAGAAGAAAGAGAAGCAGAUCGAGCAGCAGAAGAAAAUUCAGAUGUCUAACCUGAUGAACCAGGCUCGACUGAAGGUGCUGAAGGCCCGAGAUGACAUGAUCUCGGAAAUGCUGACUGAGGCGCGUCAACGGCUCUCUAACAUCGCCAGAGACCAGUCCAGGUAUCCGGCUCUGUUGGACGGUUUGAUCUUACAGGGAUUAUAUCAGCUUCUGGAGACCAAAGUGACCAUUCGCUGCCGUAAACAGGACGUGCAGAUGGUACAGGCCUCCAUCCAGAGGAAUCUUCCCGUAUAUAAAGCAGCUGUGAAGAACAACGUCGAGGUCCGCAUCGACCAGGAUAACUUCAUCCCCCCGGACGUCUCUGGAGGUGUUGAGGUGUAUAACGGUAACGGGAAGAUCAAGGUGUCCAACACCCUGGAGAGCAGACUGGAGCUCAUGGCUCAGCAGAUGCAACCUGAAAUCCGAGUGGCUCUCUUCGGUGCCAACCCAAACCGCAAGUUUCUGGACUAAAUCGUUCCGAUGUAUUAGAGAAAAAAAAAAAACCCUCCUUUUAUUUUUUAUUUUGUCACAUGAAAGACGUCAUUCCUCUUGUUUGUGAAACAAAUUUCCGAUGCAAAAAGGAUGCAUUGUUGUUGUGUGAUGUAUUGCUGUAUUUUUCUGUGCAUUAAGGGACGAUAUAGACGCUGCAGCUCGAACGUUACAGAUGUGCAUAUCGUGGGUACUUUAACUGCACGGUUGUUUACUCUGCUGCUCUCCUCCGAGGGUCUCGGUUUACACUGAUUGGACGUGGUGGUUUAACAGGUCGUCCUCUAAUUGGAUCAUGACGAACACAGUGUCCGUGUCACAGUUUCAUUAACCUCUACCCCACAUUAUAAGUUGCAUGGGGCAUUGUGUUGCUAAUGGAUGUCUGCUCCAACCAAUUACAGAGAAGAUAAAUAGCAUCCUAGAAGCUGAAGACCGUACAUGACCUUACAGAGUUAAUUUAUUAUUCUGUCAUGAAUUAAAUGAUAUCAUUCCAGAGGGUGUGCUGUAUGUAUAUGAGGUUUCCAGAUUAAAUUAUGUGUGUUUUUUUUGUUGUUGUUUUGUGUCUCAAACUGAAGAUAUUGUGGAAAUGUAAAACAUAAUAAAAUAUAAAUCAUUAGUA